ACGUAACACUCCUCGCGUGGUUUCCGUGCUUUGGGCUUUAUAUCUGACACCCAGAGUCUAAUCUUAUCUGAUAAAAUCAAUCCGAUCAAAGCAGUUCAUUACUUUCGAUUUAUAGGUCAUAUUUGUUUUGUGAAAACCGGCGAGAAUAAAAUCGCAAAAAAGUGAGUGCGAGCAAAUUUCUCAAGCCGGAUAUUUUCUUGCGAUCGAACUAGAAUCUACCGUAAUGCCAUUUAAAACGCAGCAAGUGCAAAAGAAGUGAGUCAAAAGCAUCCCGUGUCUGGUGAGCUUCCAAGUGUACAGCUGCUCGACCACCCGAAGCAACAAGAGGGCUACCACGAAGUUAGGGCGUUGCGGCCGCGGUAAAUUUUCCCGGAAAAAUCGGUUCGCGAUUCCCGAAAAUUCUGCGCGACGCAACGCCCCGGCGGGAGUGCGUAACAGGAGUUAUCAAAGCUCGAAAAAGUCGCGGAACAGACGUAGCGUCAGACUGGCUUUGUGACUGAGCGAACUUUUCAUUGUGCGCCUGGUUCGGGCAGCUCUGAGCGUGUUUACCAAGCCCGGCCUUUGAGCUUCUGAGCUCGGUUCGGUGUGCGGAAAUGAAGCUGGCUCUGGCGACAAGUGCUUUGGCUUGGGGUGAGUGCCGUCUCGUAAGUUUAGUGUUUCUGCUCAGAGUUGUAAUCGUUUCGUUCACCGUCCCCGUCCUGACCCCGGUGCUCUGCCAACGGCCUGAACAUAACGUCAGCUCCAGUCCAGCCGGAAUCACGCGAUGUCGACGGACGCACGUGGAGAUCGUGGUGUCGCCACUUGUGAGCAAGUCGGCCGUCCGGGAGCUCCAGUUUUUCUGGGAGACAGAGACAGUCACGCCGGGCGACUGGGUGGGCUUCUACUUCGGACACCCCCUCGACUCUCCCCCACACCUUCUCAUCGGCGUCCCCGUCGAUGAACCCCUCGGAUGGCACCGCACCGUCUUCACCGAGAAUCACACCGAACCCGACCAACUUGGCUACCACAAGAAAUGCCUCGGAUACUGGGUCGCUUACUACCGCGCUGGCAACAACGACACAGCGGAAGCAACCAACUGCUUACACACAAACCCACGAUGGAUGGAGGAGAUGAAGUCAUCGCUUUCGGGAAUGCAAUUGAGGAAUACGUUCUUGCCAGGCACCCAUGACUCCGGUGCAUAUACCGAGUACGACCCUCAUACCGGCGAAAACCUCUAUCAGAAAUAUGUCUACACCCAGGACGAAACAAUCUUAGGACAGAUGAUUUACGGUGCUCGGUACUUCGAUUUGCGAGUUGGUAAUUACAACCGGUCCUCCAGCGACACCUGGUGGGUCAACCACGGACUCAGCAGGACUCAUCCUUUGAGGGAGGUCAUUCAUGAUAUCAAACAGUUCCUGGAUAACACACAAGAAAUCAUCCUUUUGGAUUUCCACGAGUUUCCAGUCGGGUUCAAGUCGAAAAAGAACUUGCCGCACGAUAGCCUGGUGAAGUACCUGCUGGCUCACUUCCGGGACUACCUGGUGCCGGCUUCGGUGAGUUGGGCGGCGAGCGUGGGCGACAUCUGGAACUCCGGGCGCCGGCUCAUCAUCUCCUACAACGACGAGGACGUCGUCGACCGCUACGGCGACUCCCUCUGGCUCCCCGUCCACCAGAAGUGGGGCAACGUCCAGAACCUCGACAACCUCAAGAACUACCUCGAUCUCGUCGUUAAGAGUCGUCCAGCGUACCAAUGGGCGGCGAUGGCGCAGAUGACACCGCGAACGAUGGACGUGAUCCUGAAUCGGUUGGACGGUCUGCGGAAGAUGGCGCACACGGUGAACGGGGCCGUGACGAUGUGGUUCCGCGGAAGUUGGGGUCGCACUUGCAAUAUCGUCGCCGUGGAUUUCCUCCGGAGCACGGGCGUCGUCGAAGCAGCCAUCCAAUGGAACAAGCGACGUAGCAAACGCACCAAUUGCGACUUCGAGCAGUACCCCUAACCUAGAGGUCAACCCCGAUGAAAAAACGAGUGGUCCAGUUUCCUUCUCUUAGGGAAUUACAGUCAGAAACAAUGCGCACGGUGAUUCUAGGUUAACCCGCCUCGAAACAAGAGCGUGUCCUAUGGAUCAAAAUAACACUUUUACCUGUGAAAUUUUAUUUAUUGGUGAUGCUCCCAGGGCUACAGCCAGCCCCCCUCCUCACAAAAUGCCGGGACUCAAAUCGAUUCUACUGCAUUUUGGCGAUGGUCAUGCAUCAAAUCUCAUGAAAAUCGAUACGUUACCAUAAUUUGAUAAACUGAAUUCAUUAGUGACAUUAAAACAAUCGAAAUCUCAGUUAAAACUAGGUUUUCGAGGGGUCCACAAAAUACUAUCUUCAUACGACAAAAACCGGGUUAUCGGCCUCUCCAAGUCUAAGAUAUCGAUUUUCUGAUGCCACUAACCAAAUCAGCGAAUCGAAUGGCAAGGAUGGACACCCACUUUCAUGAGACUCGGUGCAUUGCCGUUGCGAAAAUUCAGGGGGGUUUGCGGUCUGGGGAUUUGAUCUCGGAUCAUCCCGUAUAUAGCUGAGACUUAGCACUCACAUUUCAAGUGACGUCACAAUGAACCACCCUAAUGUCACAAUGGAGGGCAAUCCCAAUCGAAAAUAAUCCUAAUCAGAUUUGCCAAUGGGAAGUCAUGAUCUUGGGUUGCACAUCACAGACUGUCGACCGCCCAUUCUGGAAUCAGAGAUAAUAAAUUCUGGAUUUAAGAGCUAUAGCUUUAGGUUUAUUAGUCGGAGCAACGACUCCGACCAAUGAAUCCGGAUUGAAUGAUGUAUCCAUAAUCAAAAAUAAACUUUAAAUACGGAUUUCUUGACCAGGUGCUAUUUUACGCCCUAUAUUAUAAAGCUUGUGAUUAUGGAGCUUGGAGUGCCUCAAUGAAAGAACCGCCUGAGGUUCCUGAAAGGUUACCUAGAAGACGCUUAUAAAAUCAGACUCGUUUGUUAAGGUUUUUAAAAUUAUUAUACGACUAGUAAGCCAAACAUUUUUUUCCCAGUGUUCCUGUUUUAAUUUAAAGUCAUAAGGUAAGUAUCUUGUAAAUACUUGUAAAAAAGCUGAACGAAAUAAAGUGUUAAAUUUU